AUGUUCUCCACCAAGGCUUUUACUUUUGUCGUCGCUGCAGCGAUGCUCCUCGUCGGACAGGUCCAAGCUGGUGCAAACAUUCCCCGUGCCGCCUUGAUCGCGACUAACCCUGUCGCUGCCUGCAACCCCCCGAACAACGGAAAUCAUCACCUCGGCUCCAGCUGCAAGUUUUUCUCUGGUCCCUCCGACAAAUCCCCUGUCGUCUCUGGCACCUGUAUCAACGAGAAUGGUGUCCUGACCUGCGUCCGCGGAUAAACGUAUCCAACCGUAUACGCUGACAUUCAGACGUACAGUAGCGAGUAGAGAGAAUUUGAAGCAUGGAUAUGGUCUUCAGAAUGAUGGAUGUAUGAUGUACCCGAAUAUCUUUGAUGAUACAUGUGUUUCCCCAGGAUA